CUUUCUCCUUUUUCUCCGACUGGCUUCCCGGGAUCUUGUUGCAAGACUUCAGACAAGGUAAAUCCUCUGGUGUCAGGCUCGAGACAACACAUCAAUUCCAUUUGCUGGGCUCAUCGUUAAGUUCCAGUGUAUGCGAAGCUUCCGCCUGCAGUGCAGAGUAACCUCGACCACCGGUGUACAUGACCUAAUCCUGGUUUCCAUACCUUGAACAUCACAAAUGGGCGCGGUGAAGAACAUUCUAGAGCCUGCGGCGAUUGUCGCCGCCUUCACCGCAGGAGCACUCAUCAAUCGGCGCAAGAACGCUAAGCUCCUCGCUACGCCGGACGUCGAGUCACCACUGCUGGAAGCCCCUCCAGUGGACAUAAAGCCAAACGAUGAGGACUCUGAUGAGCGCACAAUUCGCAACCGCCGAACUAUACAGUCACGGAUCCUAGCCAAAUUCCCCUUCUUGUUGGAAAUAUGGUAUUGGCUACUCACAUAUUGGAUCUAUCAAGGUUUACGGGCUUUUUCCGCUAGAAUGAUCAGUGGCAAUAAGGCUAUUUUCGACACCGCCGAGCGUCAUGCCCUUUCCAUCCUCGCAUUCGAGCACUUCCUUCACCUCGAUGUCGAGCUAUCCGUACAAAGGUAUGUGCUUGAGCAGAAGCCAUGGCUCAUGGGAUUCCUGGCACGGGUAUACUAUUCACACAUUGUCCUCGGUGUGAUAUUUAUCGUCUACUGCUAUACCUGCAUCCAACGAGACAAGUAUCAAGCAAUCAGGCGUACGCUGGCGUUCGAGAACGUCAUUGCCUUCACCAUCCUUACCUUGUGGAGGUGCAUGCCACCUCGCCUGCUGCCAGAGGAGUACGGCUUCAUCGACGUUCUGCACAGCAACGCAGGCGGCUCAGCCUGGACGCAGAACAAAUUCCAGCUCACAAUUGCAGCGAUGCCCUCGCUCCACUUUGGCAACUCGAUGUUCAUUGCACUCUGCUUGCUAAAGUUCAGUCCGCAUUGGUACCUUCGAGCUGUGGCGCCCAUCUGGCCCAUGCUCAUGGGACUUACUAUCGUUGCGACAGCCAAUCAUUUCAUCCUAGAUGCUGUCGUCGGUGCAUGUGUGACGCUCACGGCAUUUAGAUUUAACGCCGUCAUGUUAUAUCUUCUUCCUGUGGAAAGGGCACUCUUCAGGUUGUUGCGUAUAGAGAAACCCUAGGCCGCCAGAGGUGCCUAGCCUGCCGGUAUACAGUCUUGGGAACAUGGAGUUAGAAUAUCUAUAUCGUUAUUCCUACUUGAGUCAAUAUUCUUUGGUGGAGAGUACAUAGUCAUCGUUAAUCAACCUAAACUUGGAUCCG